AUGGCGUUUUCAAGAACUUUUCACAUUACAACUUCGAUGAUAGCGAUUCUGUGUCAAACGAUCCAUGCAGCUUCACCUGAACCCUGUGGAAGCGAACAAUCGAUCAACGGGAUGAUGCUUAAAGGACAUGUUUUUCAGACCAUCAAGGCUUCCCACUCAGCUUUGGUCGCAUUGGAUUGUCUGACAGCGUGCAACAAUGACAAAAGGUGUCAAAGCUUCAACUAUGUUAUCUCCCAGAGCAUAUGCGAACUAAACAACCGCACCAAAGAAGCCAAACCUGACAACUUUGUUCCCAACCCUGAAAGAUAUUAUUUCAAAAGAUAUAAAGACAGAGGUAAAAUAUACUGCAUGUUUAGACUCACUAGGUCACCGUGUCUUGAAUGACCAUGAUACUACGUCAAUACUUUGCACAAAUUUAAAAGCAGUCAACCGCAAUUUUGAUAGCUCGAAGGGAGCAACUGAAAUUAUAAGAAAAUUACUCACUUUAUUUUUUCUACACAAAUACAUGAUAAUGACCUACGCAGUUUAAAUGUUGAUCUACAUAGAUUCCUUAUUAAGGCAUCUGAGGGAGAGUUGAGAAAAAUGGCAUGAUUGCAGCUGUUAACCCUUCAACUCCCAAGAUCCCACUAGUAAUUCUCCUUACUGUCUCUCAUACAGUUAUUUUAAUUUUUUAUCUUUUUUCAACAAAAGCCGUUAAGAAAAAUUAGUGUUCCCUUUUAAUAGAACGAUUAAUUUCGAUUUCUAUUUAAAUAACAGAGUGAAAUUAUCUCCUUUAUCUAAAAGCAGUCAUAAGAGCGUUCUUACUUUAGCAAAUUCCAAUUAUUCCUCCAGCACAGAUCAGUUUGCUCAAAGGAUAGACGGUAUAAGAGUGGUAAAAUCUACACGUCUAUGAUCUAUAAAAUAGUCUGGCGCUUGCACGAAGGAGUAUUGCUCUAAUCUCUCUUACAAAUCAAAUUUUUUCUCUUUAUCAGUCGUACUUGGUUCUAUACCAGAACUACCUGCGGACUCUUGUUGGGAAAUAAAGAUUACAGAAGGAGAAAAAGCCGUUAGUGGUGAAUAUUGGUUCAAUUCUAUUAUACCCUCUAAGAGCAUACUCGCUUACUGCGACAUGGAUACUCUUGGUAAGUGGAGGACGCUGUCAGAUAAUGAAAAAGUAAGGGUUAUGGGUUACCCUAAGAUAGCAAUAAUCGUACUAAAUGGUGGGUACCAGCGUGGUAGAGGUAUAGGUAUAGGUAUAGGCUUAGGCGUGGUUUAUUCCUUUAGUGUACAUUAACAAGGGUUUCUGUAUCCCUCCGUUAAAUAACCUAAAUAGUACGAAAUAUUUGAAGAAAAACACAAUCACACGUACAAAUCAACGAGCAAAAAAAGCAAGUGCGAUAAGGUGUACUGAUCUCUCUCACCUGUGAUUAAAAUCUUGUCGAGAUAAUAUGAUUUUUUUAACGAUAACUGAACUCAAAUCAAAUGGCAAUUCUCGGAUGACUACUACACCGUGGCGUUCUUUAUUUAAUUAGAUUGUACAUUAGUUGAAACUUGGGUUUUAUUCUCGAAUAAGACCUUCACGUACCCAACUAAUCCAUGGAAUUCGUUUGAUUGUUGCGGUCUAUUCACAAAACUACUAUUCCAGUCUGAAUCGCCACAGGUGCCGUAACAGCUACCGGCUGUGUAUAUUAAAUAUUUUGGCCAUGUACUGAUCUGGCCCUUGUUUCAUUCCUUAGAUAUAGACGAGUGCAGUGCCUCCAAAAAUGUCUGUGAUGUAAAUGCAGUUUGCAAAAACACGCAAGGUUCUUACUCUUGUUCCUGUAAACCUGGAUUUACUGGGAAUGGAAAGCACUGUAGUGGUAAGAAUUCAACUAGCAAGGAGCUAAUACUUGAUAUAUAGUAAAAUACGCUUUCAUACAGACCUAAAAUCCUUCUACUUAUUUUGUUCUAUAUCUUUAUAUGAAGAACACGGAAUCAUUUCGAGUAAUUAUACAAGUGUAAAGCUUUAUACCAAAAAUAUGAAAAUGUUUUAUGAACGCUCGAAGGCAUGCCCGUAGGUGACAAGAAAAACUCCAUUCCUUUCCAAACCAUUAAAAAAAACCAAGAUGGCUUCUAAUUUCGCAUCAGAUAGCUGAUGAUAAAAUACUGAUCACGUCCUCGCACAAGAAAUCUUGAAGGAGGGGAAAGUAGAACUGGCAGUGGAAAACGUGAAUGUUUUAGAUCUGAAAGUUGUCUGGGGCAGCAAGUAUAAAAACGAUUCAGGUAGAAUGAAGAUGUAUUCAAGACCUUUUUACAUCCGGGAGUUCGAUUGUUGUAGGAUGUAAAAUGUCAAGGACAUAACUAUAGUCUCCCAACAAAAAGAAUUUCAACGAGAGAGAGGUUAAAGGCGAUUUCUGCAUCCAUUGCAAAGCUAACCAAGACACAUUUGUUGACCGAACUUUACUGAAAUGAGAACAUCGAGGACAUUUGAAGUUGCUUGCUAUCGGCCUAAAACUGUGAAUAUUUGGACAUAUCUUUUCUGUCCGAGAAUGAAAAUGAAGCGUGAAGCUGGGAAAUUAAACAAAUUAGUACUGGCGCCAGUGUGAAAUAGAAAGAAUCACUAGUUAAUAAAGAUUAAACGGUCUGUGCCAUUGGCAGGUUGAAAUUUUAUUGUAUUUGAAAGGACAUGCAGUUGAUCGAGUACCGACACAGGCGAUUUAUACCAGACGUUGGAGAAAAGCUGACUUUUUUAUUAAUUUAAAUUAACGCCAAAAUUACGAUCGCUUUCACGUUUUCCGCCCGGGGAAAAGAUUAGCCAUGGACAUGGUCAGCCUUAAAGUGGGGAGGGUUUUCCUGUAGUAAAACAUUUAACACUUUUAUAAUCCAAUCAAAAGGCCCUGAAAAAUUUAAACAAGAUGCUAUUUAUAAACUGCUUGGUUCAGACUGCUACAUAGAACUAUCAUCUAAACUACCACAGUCAAACUACUGUUCCUUUUUCUAUCUCUGGUUUUUAAAUUAUUCCUGCAUCUUAACCACGAAAAGCGUUGGAGUUUCCCUAGUAAGACUUCGAACAGCUGUUAAUCUUUCAUAAUGCUUGCCUUUCUUCUCAGCACCAGUAGUGACGGUUACCAGCUCCUGUGAAGACCUCACCCUGGAACAAACAAACAUCACUGGUUUUAUAUUUUCCACCUUACGCGAUGACUACGAUUAUAAAAAUAACAUAGAGUGUAAAUGGAGUGUAUCUUCCAAUACAAAGUUGGAGCUAACGUUCUAUACAUUUAAAACAGAGAAGAACAUAGAUAUUUUGGAGAUUUAUGAUGGUUCUUCUUCCAACUCUCCUCUAAUUGGUUCCUUUAGUGGCACCUCUCUGCCUCCACCUAUUACAAGCUCAUCGCACGAACUUUACAUUGCAUUCUCCACUGAUUACUCAGAUAGAGAGCCUGGGUUUCAAGCAAGUUACCGAGGUGGGUUGGACCCUAGAGUUAUCAAACGCGCGAGGGAAACAACUAAACGCGCAGCAAAUUGCAAAAAUUAUCAAAAAAUGACAUAAAAAAAUAAUAAUUCCUGCAAAAAUUAAUUUCGAUAUUACCGUUGCAGCAUAGAUUAUUUCUUUUCUCAAUAUAUGAACGAAGUUCCUUAAAAAACAUCAAGGCUAACCUCGAUCUGAUUUUGUGCAAUUGAUCUGAAUGAGUACAAUUGAAAACAGCGGAAAAGCCUGUCGUGAAGCUUCACUGUUUGUGAGCAAAGUAAGAACUUCUGGGAAAACAGACUUCUGAUCCGGUCUGAUAGUAAUAAUCAUUCAUGGGAAAGCCACAUAUCCCCCACAACGCCUAAAUUUUCUCCCUGCGUUACUUCAUUUUAUUUUGGUUUAAAUUAUGUCUAUCCACUUUACUCCACGGGUAGGUUGGAUAGGUUCUUCAUGUAAAUAAUUGCUAGAAUUCCCCUCUUCGAAGGGAAACAGUUUCUAUGAAAAGUAGUGCUUGAAGGAGUAGUUGGAAAUUCAGGACGUACUAUUACCGAAUGAAUCAUUUUAAAUUACGUGGCAUGACCUUUUCCGUUCGUUUGACCUUUGAAACAGCCAUUACAGAGGGUUCCGUCCGCCUCAGAAGAAGUGAGAUACCAUUAACUGGAACCGUGGAAAUUUUUCAUGAUGACAAGUGGGGCACCAUUUGCAGUCAUGAUUGGGACAUUCAGGACGCGAUGGUAGUCUGCAGGCAGCUGGGCUUCCCUCAAGCUACCAAAGCUUAUGGAAACACUUCUCGAGGAGAAGAAAAUGGUACCGUAUGGAUGACAAAAGCGGGGUGCCUGGGAAAUGAAUCAUUUCUCUACGAAUGCAACCACAGCGGCUGGGUAAACAAUAAUUGCAAUCACGGCAAAGCCGCUGGUGUACAAUGUUCUUUUGGUCCAUCCCUACUUCGUUUAGUGAAUGGAGGAUCAAGCCACGGUCGCAUAGAAGUUUAUCACAAUGCAACAUGGGGUACAGUGUGUGAUGAUUAUAAGCAAAAGGAGGCUGUUGACGUGGUGUGCCGCCAACUUGGCUUCAAUGGUUCCUUAGGAAAGCCAGUGUGCUGCUCAGCGUACGGCGAAGGUGUUGAUCCCAUUUGGUUGGACGACGUUCAGUGCGAAGGCGACGAGGUCUCAGUGUUCAACUGUGAGCAUGAGGAGUGGGGAGAACACAACUGUGGCCACACUGAAGAUCUAGGUGUGGUGUGUUAUUAA